UGAAGUAAAUUGAAAGGGUGUGUCGGAUUGUAACUGAGAGAAACACGGGGGAAAAAAGAAAAAGAAAUGGCAUCAACACACAACUUCCUUCAAGAAGGGUUUGCAGUCUUCAGCAGUCAAUAGGUUUUGACUGGGUGGAGUCCCCUCCAUUUUGUUAGAGUGGUGACUAGACUUCAACAGUAAUUCAUUGACUUUGAAGCACUUUGGGAGAUCCUAAGGAUGUGAAUGGUGGAAUAUAAUUGCACAGAAAUGGCCUAUCAGAAAGUGGACCAGAGAUUUCGAGUGCACACUCAAGAUCAGGACGCUGAAGAGCUUCCAGUCACUUCACUGGAGUUAGAGUGGGACAUGGAAAAGGAGUUGGAAGAAAGUGGAUUUGAUGGCUUUGAACCAGACAAUUCGGGUCAGCAUCAUUUGGGCAACUCCGCUGGAAACACUGAUCUUGACUUCGAAUUUAUGCAGCCUUCAGCAUCACCCCGGGGAAGAUUUGCACGUCUAGAAGAAGAGUCUGAUUAUGUGCCACAUACAAGACCAGGGCCAAAAAACCAGCAGGGCAGCUUUUCUAAAAUGGCAAAACUCUUUGUUGCAGGGUUUAUUAUAUUUAUCUGUGGUUUUCUAAUAGGUUACUAUGGACGGAAAAGUAGCUCAAAAAAUAUUUUGUCAAAUAAUGCAACAACACCAACACCACCUGUGUCUUCAACUGCUGAAUCUGAUGAUGGCAACAUCCUUCAGAAUAUUGUUCAAGCAAUUGAAGGUUACAGCAUCAGGAACUUUUUCAGGAAUCUUACACCGUUUGCUGCUGAGUCAGAUUGGGGGAGUUCUGCUACACAUGUUAUGGAGCAGUGGACUGCAUCUGGUUUAACAGAAAUCCGCUUAGCAAAUUACACAGUUCUUCUCAGCUUGCCUGAUACAGACCAAAACAAAAUCAUUCUGACAAAUAGCAGCCAGUGCUUUUAUCCCAGUGGACAGCAAUGCAGUACUCUACACUCAGCCCCACGUGGGAAGAAGGAAAAGAAUGACCUCUAUUUCUAUGCUGCAUAUUCUGCCAAGGGAUCUCUGGAGGCAGAGAUCAUAGAUGUACAGUACGGAACAAUUAAUGAUCUGGUCCGACUUCAAUCAAGUACCAAUGUUACCAAAAAAAUUGCACUAAUUAAACUUGGAAAAGCACCUUUAUUGUAUAAGUUAUCUUUAUUACUGGAGGUUGGUUUUGGAGGAGCUUUGGUCUACAUUGACCCCUGCGAUUCACCCCAAAAGGAGAAGAUUGGUGAUGAAACAUUUUGGAUUUCUUUGAACCCUGGAGGAGAUCCAUCCACGCCAGGGUAUCCUAGUAUUGGUGGAGGCUUCAGGGAACAUGGAACAAACAUUACAUCUUUGCUGGUUCAACCAAUUGCUGCAUCCCUGGCUAAAGCACUUCUUUCAUCAACUGAGAAGGCAAAUGGAAAUGGAUGCUUUCACUUCACUAACUCAAGUGCAGUCAGUAAAACCGUCAGGCUGGAGGUGGGAGCAGUCUCAGAGUAUAGGACGAUUCAAAAUGUAAUUGGCUACCUGAAAGGAUCUAUCAAUCCAGAUAAAUAUGUUAUUGUUGGCAGUCACCAUGGCAACAAUGAAGAACUCUGGACCAGCAGCACUUCCAUCAUUACAGAAAUAAUCAAGACUAUGAUGGCCCAGGUUCAGAAGAGAAGAUGGCGACCAAACCGCAGCAUUGUGUUUUGUUCCUGGGGAGGAAGUACAUUUGGCAAUAUUGGCUCAUAUGAAUGGGCAGAGGAGAUGAAACGUGUUCUGCAGAGUAACGCUGUGGCCUACAUUAACCUGUUCAAACCUAUUGUGGGAAACGGAACCCUGAAAACUGUGGUGUCACCCUCCCUUCGGCAACUGGCAACAGAUCUUAUAAACAUGAGGUUUUCUUUGAACUGUACAAGCCAAGAAAAUUGUUCAGGAAGAAAGAUCAACUCAGUGCAGGUGGAAGGAAACAGUGAUUUCUUUAUAAAUCAUCUUGGAGUGCCAACUGUUCAAUUUGCAUAUCAGGAGACAAAAACGUCAAUGGGUCCAGGAUUUCUAUCUGAAGCACUGCUGAUUCACGAUGCAUCAAUGGUGGAGGCUUUAGAUCCCUCCUUUAAUCUUCAUGAAACUAUUGCUAAGUUGACGGCUGAAAUGAUUCUGCGUAUAGCCAAUGAGCCAGUUCUUCCUUACAGUGUCCUGGAUGUAGCCCUGGAGGUUCAAGAGCAACUCAAAGAUGGCAGUGUUGCUUCAGAUCAAAUGUUGGCAUUGGCCAAUGCACUGAGGGAAACUGCACAACUUUUUCAGUCAGAUGAAAUGCGUCCAGCUAAUGAUCCAAAGGAGCGGGACCCUGCCCAUCUGAGAAUGUUGAAUGAUGUGCUGCAGAAUCUAGAGAAAAACUUCCUCAUCCAACGUGCUCCACCAGGCUAUUAUAGAAAUAUUCUAUAUCACCUCGAUGAGACAUCGAACCAAUUCUCUGUCAUGAAAGAAGCUGUUAACCACUGCAGACUUCAGCAAACAAACCAAACCCUAUCCACAGUUUCAUCUAUGGUGAUGAACAGCAUUAGAUCUGCUCAGGUUUAUUUAAAGGCAGGCUUGGAUGUGUUUGAAAAUAUUCAAAGUACAAAAAGAACAAACUGACUUUUAGAAAUGUGCAAUGUCGAGGGAGGAACAUUUUCCUCUUCAGAAGGUAGCUAGCUACAUUACCGAAAAAUGAUACCUGAAUUUACCAAAGGAUGAUGUACUGUUACUUAUAACAGGAAUUAAGUAUGGGGCCAAUUUCAAGUACGCAAGCAAAAUACCAUUAAAUGGUUAUCUUCACUGAUGGUUAGUGGUUAUUGUUAACAACUGAGUCAGACACUCACUUUAGAUUUAAAAUCACACCCAUUUGUUUACCAUCUAUUUGCAGUCCAUUGGAUAAUAAUCUAAUGCCAGGAGAUUAUGAUUAAGAGGAGACUUGGUCUAGAAUGACUGGAUAUUUCCGGCCUUCUAAGGCUGUUAACUGUCUGACUGGAAAGAUUUGGAAGAAGAAAUUCAUAUUAAUAGGAAUAAUUCAUUCAACCCAUGUAACAAACCAUAUAGCGAAGGCAGUGAAUGUUGUAUAAGCACUUAAUUAUUUUCAUUAUAAGGUACCUUCAAAAUGGACAAUUAUUGAAAUUGACAAAGUCUUGAGAGAGUUUUAUUAGGUUAUAAAUGCAUAAUGUGCCUUUCAUAUUGGGGGUAUGUUAUCUUGUAUAUAAGAGUUAUUAUUCAAUGCAACCUGUGGAAUCAUGUCAUAAGGUGAUACGAUUUGUGUAAAACAAAUGCCUUGUGUAAAAUAGAAUGACCACUCUUCAUUUUUAAUCUGUCAGAUGGAACAGACAAGAAAAAACUUAUUUUUUGGAUUGAUCUGCAAAAUCUUAUCAUAGUAGUAUUCUCUGGAGUAGCUGAACUUUUAUAUAUUUGCAAUGGAAUGCAUAUUGAGAAACGGAAUAUUCAGUAUCUAUUUAAUUUUUUUAAAU